AUGAUAAUCCAGCAACUGUGGCGUCUCAAGGUUGGUUGGGAUGACCCAUUGGAUGAGCAGUAUCAAAAUCUAUGGAAAGAGUACAAACAGAGUUUGAUGCCAUUAGAAUCGUUGUCAGUUCCACGUUGGCUUGGUUUCAGUAAAGAUUGUGUGUCAGUGCAGUUACAUGGGUUUUGCGAUGCGUCAGAGUCAGCUUAUGGAGCAUGUUUGUACCUGCGCUGCGUAACUGUAGAUGGUCAGAUAUCGGUCAGAUUAGUAACAGCCAAGUCAAGAGUGGCCCCUUUGGAGAAUUUGAAAAGAUCGAAAAGAAAAACCUCAAUCCCACGUUUAGAAUUGUCGUCAGCUCUCCAACUCUCACACCUGUACGAGAAAUUUACCAGAGUUUUCCCAGAAGUGACAGAGGCGUAUUUCUGGACGGACUCUAUGAUCGUUAAACAUUGGUUAGCUUCGCAUCCAUCUCGUUGGCAAAUGUUCGUAGCGAAUCGAGUGUCGGAAAUCCAGCACAUCACAAAGAACGGCUUCUGGAAUCAUGUGGCUGGAAUCGUGAACCCGGCAGACCUGAUUUCACGAGGAGUGUCUCCUGCUCGACUUUGUUACGAAAGGUUAUGGUUUGAGGGACCUCAGUGGCUAUCCCAGGCUCAGCAAUAUUGGCCUCGUCAAACUGCUGAAGGCCAAGAAGAGUUCGACCCAUCAAUCAUCGAAGAACGUCCAACUACUACAACGCUGAUGUCGAAGAGUGAACCCUUUCACGAAAUUUUUGGUCUGAAGUCGUCGUUUACGAGUUUGAUCCGUAUUGUCGCAGUUAUGCUUCGCUUCAGACACAAUGCUCAAAAGGUCAAUCGUUUGUGUCGACGAGUUGGUCCGUUGACACCACAAGAAAUGCAGUCUGCUAUCGAAGUUUUGGUUCGCCUUUCACAGAAUGAGUCGUUUGAGUCCGAAUUUAAAGAUUUAAAGAAGAAUGGUCAAGUUGGUAGAAGUUCGAGACUUGCUAAGCUCAACCCAUUUGUCGAAGAUGGUACAAUCCGUGUCGGGGGCCGGUUGUCGAACGCUCCAUUGCCAGAAUCUCGAAAACAUCCGUGGGUUGUCGACCAUCGUCAUCCUUUGGCAUUGCUUAUUAUGCGUGAUUAUCACUUGCGUCAAUUUCACGCUGGGCAGCAAUUGCUUAUCGCCUCCGUAAGACGAAGUUUUUGGCCAACAAACAUCAAUUCCUUAACGAGAAAGGUGAUUCACGAGUGUGUUCCGUGUUUCAGAAGCAGACCUAAGAUUUCAGAACAGAUUAUGUCAGAUUUGCCGUCAGUAAGAGUUACGCCAUCGUCAGCAUUUUCUAAAGUGGGAGUUGAUUACUGUGGUCCAUUUAACGUCAGCUACCCUAAUCGUCGAGCCACACCUGUAAAAUGCUAUGUCGCUAUUUUUGUUUGCUUGGCAGUGAAAGCGGUUCAUUUGGAACUCGUUAUGGAUCUAACGACUGAAGCUUUCAUUGCUGCACUGCGUAGGUUCAUCGGGCGCCGAUCAAAACCUGAGUUGAUCAUGUGUGAUAAUGCGACGACAUUUGUGGGAGCAAACAACACGCUGAAGGAAAUUGGUCGGUUAAUGAGCUCAAAGGAUUUCCAAAACAUCGUGAUUAGAACAACAGCAGACGAGGGUGUCGAAUUCCGCUUCAUUCCACCCAGAUCACCCAAUUUCGGAGGUCUGUGGGAAGCCCAGGUGAAAUCCUUCAAGGCUCACUUCCGAAAAACGAUUGGCUUGCGUACUCUAAGUGUCGAUGAAAUGGUUACCGCACUAGUACAGAUCGAAGCAGUUUUAAAUUCGAGGCCUCUCACCCCCCAAAGCAGCGAUCCGAAUGAUUUCGAGGUUCUCACCCCUGGGCAUUUCCUGGUCCAACGCCCGCUAACCGCAUUACCCGAGCGAGAAGUAGGAGCAAUCCCCGUAGGCAGGCUAACAAUGUGGCAGAGGGCACAGCAGGUGUCCCAGAGUUUUUGGAAAACUUGGAGAACCCAAUAUCUGUCGAAUCUACAGAACCGAACUCGCUGGAUGGUCAAGCGAAAGAAUGUUGCUUCAGGAAUGAUGGUUCUUCUGAAGGAAGACAACGUUCCCCCCUUAAAAUGGCCAUUAGGGAGAAUAGUAGAACUCUUCUAUGGUAGAGAUGGAAACGUGCGAGUAGUCAGCAUCCGCACGAAGGAUGGAAUGUUUAAUCGUGGCAUUUCAAAGGUUUGUUUGUUGCCUAUUCGAGAGAAUGAGGCAGAAAAGUCAGAUGAAAUUUCACAGUAA